AUGCAGGCGACCGGCAUGGAGGGCAUUGAGGCUGCUGCUUUUCAGCACAACUGGGCAUCUUCAUCGACACCAUCGGACCCAUCUCCAACGGCGAUGACACCCGUUGUGGCAAGGCCGAACGAAUUCUUGAUGAUGGACUAUUCUCAGCUGGAUAUGGAAGAAUGCCUGCUGAUGUUCUACUCAAAGUUUUAUCCGUUUGAUAGAAUUUACCGUGUAAAGGGGCCAUAUUUUACACGAAGGGAGUUUUCAAUGACCUUGGCUAAUCAAACAUACAUUCGCUUCCUUUCCUUUUUGGGGGAAGCGGAUAUGCGAGAACGCAUUGUGCAAGCAAAGCCCAUCAAGAUUGAUAUUGGUGCCAUUUAUUCUGCAAGACCAUCAGAAAAAAAAUCGCUGAUGCCAGCCUCGUUUUCGGCUAUCGAGCGCGAGCUUGUCUUUGACAUCGACUUGACAGACUAUGAUGACAUACGAAAAUGCUGUCAAAACAAGAAAAUGUGCAUCAAAUGCUGGCAAUACAUCGUUGCUGCUGUAAAGGUUCUCGAUGCCAUUCUCCGUAUGGACUUUGGAUUUGUUAGCAUCCUCUGGGUAUUUUCAGGAAGAAGAGGAAUACAUUGCUGGGUUGCCGAUAAGCGUGCUCGCACACUAGACUCGGGUUUGCGCAAGGCCAUCGUCUCAUAUAUUGAAAUAAGCCGUUCUGCUGGUAAAACAUCCGGUAAUGGCGCGAAUUACAGCGUCUCUAAUGGCGGCAGCUACAAUAAUAGUUCUGCAGUAGAGUCCCACCCGAUGAUCAAGCGUGCGCUUUCUCUUGUGUCUCCGAUUUUCAAGCAAAAGAUCCUACCAGAGCUUCUCUCUGAGGAUGUUGAGAAUACAGAUCUCGCCACCUCACUUUCCGGCCUUUGCCCCGCACCAAAUGGCCUGAUUGAAAUGUGGAAAAAAGAGAAAAUAUGCGAUCCGCUCGAGCGGUGGAAGACGAUUGUGCAGCAGCUUUGCACUUCGGAGAAAAAGCAGCGCUCCCAUCUGGCGGAAGAAUUUAUUUUGCACCGUCUCUAUCCGCGGCUAGACUCCAAUGUUUCAAUUGGAUUGAACCAUCUGCUCAAAGCACCAUUUUGCGUGCAUCCAGAUACCGGAAAGAUAUGCGUUCCCAUAGACCCGGCUUUGAUUGACAAGUUUGAUCCCGACAUGGUGCCGACCAUCCAUUCGAUCCUUUCCAAAGAGAACGGAAGUGAUCAUUUGCAGCCAUAUCUUUUGCUGAUGGACCAGUUUCUGGAAUCUCUCAAUAAAUAG